UAAAUAUUGAAAUAACAAAUAAAAACACUGCCCUGGACACGCUGCUCUGGUUUUCAUUCGGAGAAAAGAACAAUGGCGUCUUCGUCGUCGUCUUCUUCUUCAGCUCUCUCAAGAAUAUCUAAUCUCAGUAGACAUUUUCACCCAUCAGACUCGAAGAGCAGCGAUAAUCCACAGGGUGCCAUUGACGCUCCAUUUCGAGGCCUAAUUAAGAUAUCCACCGAAGUUUCUGCUGCCAUGUCGCGCGGGCAUCCUGUUGUUGCCCUCGAAUCAACCAUCAUCUCUCAUGGUAUGCCAUAUCCGCAAAAUCUGGAAACUGCAAAGGAAGUAGAAGCAAUAGUGAGGAAGAAUGGAGCAUUUCCUGCAACUGUAGCAAUUUUAGAUGGCACACCAUGCGUAGGCCUGAACGAGGAAGAAUUGGAGAGGUUGAGUAUUCUAGGAACCCGAGUUCGAAAGACGGCUAGGAGGGACAUAGCACAAGUUGUUGCUGGCAAAGGAAAUGGUGCUACUACUGUUUCUGCAACAAUGUUCUUUGCUUCUAGGGUUGGCAUCCCUGUGUUUGUGACUGGGGGCAUUGGAGGAGUCCAUAGACAUGGUGAAAAAACGAUGGAUAUAUCUUCUGAUCUCACUGAGCUAGGAAGAACACCUGUAGCAGUCAUCUCAGCUGGCGUAAAAUCGAUAUUAGAUAUCCCCAGGACUCUUGAAUAUUUGGAAACUCAGGGAGUGUGUGUUGCAGCUUAUAGAACGAACGAAUUUCCUGCAUUUUUUACUGAAACCAGCGGCUGCAAGGCACCUUGUCGUGUUGAUACCCCAGAAGAGGCUGCAAAGCUUAUUGAUGCCAACAUGAAUCUUGGGCUCGGAAGUGGAAUUCUGAUAUCUGUUCCAAUUCCAAAAGAGCAUUCAGCUUCUGGAAGCUUAAUUGAGAAUGCAAUACAAAGCGCUCUUCAAGAAGCUCGGGAGAAGAAUAUUGUGGGAAAUGCUGAAACUCCUUUCUUACUUAAAAGGGUGAAUGAACUCACUCAAGGAGCCUCCCUCGCUUCGAAUAUUGCACUUGUAAAGAACAAUGCUCUUGUGGGUGCUAGGAUUGCUGUUGCCCUUGCCAAGCUUAGAGUGCAAUAGGAGGAAGGGAGGCUUUGCUUACUUGAACGCUAGCUUUGAAAGGCAUGAAAGCUCAGAUUGCUGUUCAAGGAGGCUUAUCUGAUUUAGAACUUCCUUUUCCUUACAUUUUUUUGUUGGGAGUUCCUUUUGCUUGGUCUCGAAACCUUAUCAUAAAUUUCACUGUAUAUUUAUCUAUAAGGCUUAGGAUUGUAUCAAGUUUGUUGGAUUUUGAAAUUUAAGUUGCAUUCAACAUGGAAAUGCCAGAAAUGACCUGAAUAUGAUUAAAAUUCGUUGUUGUUC